CAUUGCUGCUGCUGCUGCUCUCGCGGGCUUCCUCUUCCUGCUCCAGAUCACGGGCUGGAUAUCGACUCUGAUAUCGACUCUGAGGGAAAGUUUUAGGAGCCUUAAAUCACAAAUUGCUGUUCCUGCUCUCAGUAAUGGCGUCGGCUGCUGAUCUAAGAGAAGAGCUGAGCUGCUCCAUCUGCCUGAGCAUUUAUACUGAUCCUGUAUCCCUGCCGUGUGACCAUAACUUUUGCCGGGGCUGUAUUGGGAGGGUGCUGGGCACCCAGGAGGGAUCUGGGGCUUAUUCCUGCCCUGAAUGCAGACAGGAGUUUAAGGAGCGCCCUGCCCUGCCCAGGAACAGAACUCUGGGGAACAUAGCAGAGCCAUUCCUUUCUGCUCAGCCGGAGCCGGGGGAGACUGGGAUUCCCUGCACCUACUGUGACUCCCAUGUACCUGCUGUUAAAACUUGUCUGCACUGUGAAGCUUCUCUGUGUAAUAAGCACCUGAGGAUGCAUAGAAAGUCAUCAAAACACGUCCUAAUAGAACCCACAAUGCACCUGGUGGACAAGAAGUGCUUAGUCCACGAUGAACCCCUGAAAUAUUACUGCUGGGAGGAGUCUGUCUGUGUCUGUGUGUCCUGCUGUCUGGUCGGAGAGCACAGGGGCCACAGGGUGGAGCUGCUGAGUGAGGCCUCUGAGAAGAAGAAAGAGACACUGAGGAAAGUCCUGGAGAAACUGAGGCCAGAGAGAGAGGAGACUGAGAGAGAAGCCCAGAGACUGCAGGAGCGCAGGAGAGAAGUGGCAGAAAAAGCAGCCGGUGAGACAGAGAGAGUCACUGCCCUGUUUAGAGACAUCAGGGAACAGCUGGAAACCCUAGAGAAGCGACUCCUGAGUGACAUCUCCAGCCAGAAAGAGAAGCUCUCACUCACACUCACUGAUCUGAUCCACCAGAUGGAAAUAAAGAAGGACGAGCUGUCCAGGAAGAUCCGUCACAUUGAGGAGCUGUGCAACAUGGCAGAUCCACUCACUGUCCUACAGGAACGGGAAUCACAUGGAGCUGCAGAUAAUGAGGGGGGCAGAAAGAGACAUGAUAUAAAGGUCCCUGCUAUAGGGGAUCUGGAUGUGGAUCUGAUCUCAGAGACAUUACUCACAGGCUUAGCUGCCAUUGUGACUGGAGUAAAGGGAAGGAUCUAUGGGCAGGAGGCUACAGACCUGUUACUGGAUAUAAACACGGCUGGGAAUUAUGUAUCUGUAUCGGAGGACAGGAAAUCUGCUUUUUUCUCACUCACAGCCCAGCGUUAUCCAAAAACCCCAGAGAGAUUUCAGUUGGUGCCUCAGACUUUAAGCAGCAGGAGUUUCCCCUCAGGGCGACAUUACUGGGAAGUGGAGGUCAGUGAAUCAGGGGAGUGGAAGGUAGGGGUGGCCUAUCCCAGUAUAGAGAGGAGAGGGGCCCGAACCUGUAUUGGGAAUAAUAACAAGUCCUGGUGUUUGUACAGAUGGGAUGAUGAUACCUAUUCAGUGAUACAUGACAGUAACUGGACACAUUUUCCCCACAUCCCUCCCUGCAGAAGAAUCAGGAUCUCACUGGACUAUGAGGCCGGACGUCUGUCCUUUUAUGCGCUGAGUGAGCCAAUCAGACACUUACACACCUUCACUGCCACAUUCACUGAGCCCCUCCAUGCUGCAUUCUGUCUUAAUCAUGGUGGUGCCUGGGUGAGAAUUCUUAAAUAAAUCCCUGCCCAGUACCAAUAUGUUGUGGCCCCCCUGUUAACAGUGAAUUAACCCUAUUAAACCCUAUGAUAGAAUUACCACUAUUCAUGAUACACAGAAAUACUGAAUAAACGCUGUUUAGUGUAUUUUCCCUGUCUCCUGAUCUUACAUCAGUACUGCACUGGAGCACAUUCUAUAAACAAUAUAUAGGGAUAUUAUAAACCUGUGGUCCUUGAUGCUUCCAUACCUGGUGGGGUACUGGGGUACUAUCCCUUACUAACCAUCUCUGUGAGGGGACAAGAUGGCCAAGCUUAUCAGCCUCAUGUUGUGGUUAUGUUUGAGGUGAGAUAUAACAGAUGGAGCUGCCUCUUGCUAGACCUGUACUGCAUACAAGAUGUAUCAGACACUCAGAUAAUGGGUUAUUGCUCAGGGAGCUGAACAGUCUCCAACCUCUAACAUUGGACAAAUAAACCCUUCCCUGCUCCCAGAUUCAGUUUAUAGACAACAGGGGAAAUCCAAGCUGUUAAAAGGAAAGAUUUACCGAACCCCAACUUUAUAACUGUGAAUGGGGGGUUCAGCCCAUCUCACCACUAUGUGUGUAGAUAAAUAACUUGGCUUUUUUAAUUGGGUGACUUUUCAUUUAUCUUGUGACUGUGACAGGGGCUUGUAUUUCCUGCAAAAGCUUUAAAUAUUGUUUUAAUCCAUAAAAUAAAGUGUUUGCAUGUCUUUAUUGUGAUUCAUAAUAAAAUCUGAUUAGAUUUUC